GACGGCAAGAGCGCGUGGAGGUGGUUGUGAGAGCAGUGCGAGUUCGGCUUUCCAGGCACGAUGGUGAAGUGCGGGAAGCUUCGCUCUGGAACGGCACAGAAACUGAAACGAUGGAAAAAGGGCCACAGCAGUGAUUCCAACCCGCAGAUAAACCGGCACCGACAGGCAGCCAGGAGUCGCUUUUUCAGCCGGCCGAAAGAGAAGAGCGACCUCACAAUAGAUGCCCUCAAACUUCACAAUGAGCUCCAGGCAGGGUCUCUGGAAAAAGCACAGGGCGGCUCCGGGGAGCCCGGCUCCACGGAGGAGUUGGAACUGUCCGAGAAGACUUCCGGCACCUUCUUGAGUGGCCUGUCUGACUGUUCCAACCUCACCUUCCGCAAAGUCCAGCGCUACUGGGAGUCCAACUCUGCUGCUCACAAGGAGAUCUGUGCUGUGCUUGCAGCUGUUACAGAGGUUAUUCGUUCUCAGGGGGGAAAGGAGACAGAGACAGAGUAUUUUGCAGCAUUGAUGACAACACUGGAAGCAGUGGAUUCCAGCGAGUCACAGGCAGCAGUGGCCUACCUGCUCAACAUGGUGUUGAAGAGAGUACCGGCUCCUGUAUUGAUUAAGAAGUUUUCAGACACGGCCAAAGUCUUCAUGAACGUCAUGUCAUCGCAAGCAAACGCAGAUGUGUCCUCUGCCUUGCGCUGGAUCUUGUCUUGCCUGGCAACUCUGCUCCGAAAGCAGGACCUCUCUGUGUGGAGCUUCCCCUCGACACUGCAGACCUACCAUGGCUUGCUGAGCUUCACAGUUCACUCCAAACCCAAGGUGCGCAAAGCUGCCCAGCAUGGUGUGUGUGCCAUUUUGAAAGGGAGCGACUUCCUGUUCACAGAUGCUGCCCCUACACACCACCCUGCAGCAGUGACAACGGCCAAGUUCUGUAUUAAAGAAAUGGAGACAGCUGGAGGUAGUAAAGAGGACACCACAACCCUUCAUGUCCUGGGCCUUCUGAAGGAGCUGGUCACAACGUUCCCUGUCAGUGCUGUAAAGCUGUGCUGUGAGACUCUACUUCGUGUGAUGACCCUUAGCCAUGUGCUGGUCACAGCAGGAGCAAUGCAGACUUUCCACAAGCUGUUUAGUGGGAAGCCUAACCCUUCCACCCUGACUGCUGAGCUCAAUGCCCAGAUCAUCACGGCCCUGUAUGAUUACCUGCCCAGUGAGAAUGACCUCCAGCCACUACUUGCUUGGCUGGCUGUAAUGGAGAAGGCACAUCUUCACCUGUCCAGCCUACAGAGCUCUCUCAGUUUGGGACACUUACCCCGCCUUUUCUCUACGGGGAUGUCCUGCCUCUUGUCACCUCAUGCAAAGGUCGUUUCUGCAGCAACUCAGACUCUCAAGACACUGCUGACUGAAUGUGUUGCCCCACACAUGGAGGAGAUCGGGGCUGUCAUUUCCACCUCUGCCACUGGCCCAGCCUCUUACAUCUGCAAGAUGUUCAGGAUUGUAGAGGAGGGGCUUAGUUAUCGUUUUCAUGCCUCCUGGCCAUUUGUGCUCCAGAUCCUGGGGUGCUUCUACAAAGUGGCUGGAAAACAGGCAUAUUCAAUUAUGACAAAGAGCCUGCAGUCUCUCAGUGACUUGCGCGCCACACCUAGAUUUCCCUAUUCUGGGGAACUGGACCUGGCAAUGGGGGGCGCAGUGGAGAGUAUGGGCCCAGAGGUGGUACUCAAAGCAGUGCCUUUGCAGAUCACUGGCAUCGAGGAUGACAUGGAGUUUCCUCGUAGCUGGCUAAUUCCUGUCAUUAGGGACAAUGCGAAACACACCGAGCUGGCCUUCUUUACCUCCUACUUCCUGCCGCUGGCCACAACUCUCAAGCAGAGAGCGGAAGAGCUGGAGGCAGCAGGACAGAAGCUUGAGGCCAAAGUGUACCAGACACUGCAGCUGCAGAUCUGGACCAUGCUGCCUGGAUUUUGCACAAAACCCUCAGAUUUGACUAGCUCUUUCAGGGGCAUUGCACGAGCACUGGGUAUGGCUAUCAGUGAGAGGGCGGACCUUCGACCCACUGUAUGCCAGGCUCUGCGUACUCUCAUCAGUAAAAGUUGUGACACAGAAGAGGAAAGGGCUGAAGUCAGUCGCUUUUCCAAGAAUUUCCUUCCUAUCCUGUUCAAUGUGUACAGCCAACAGCCUGCCUCAGGCAAGAACGAACCCUCUAGAAUGCCUGUCCUGGACACCAUUAAGGUUUAUCUGUCCAUCACUGACCAGCAGAUGGUGUGCUCACUCCUGCAGAAGGCUGCAGAGAAAGUCUGCGAUCCCGAAAGCACAGAGUAUACCAGGCUCUCUGUGAUGGACCUAAUUGUAGCAAUGGCACCUUGUGUGGAUGAGGCUUCAAUGAGCAAAACCUAUGAGCUCAUUAGACCCCACUUAGAGAGCAAGCAGGCAGGGCUGCAGAAGAAGGCAUACCGUGUACUGGAGGAGAUGUGUGGGGGUGGGAGUGAGGCCUGCCGCAGCUUUGUGCUGACCAAUCUCGAGCACCUGCUAAAUACACUGCUGAGCUCCUUGAAGAAUGCUGCCUCACCUGCCAAAAGGCCCCGACUCAAGUGCUUAAUUCACAUGGUGAAGCAGCUGGGCCCUGAGCACAAGGAUUUCAUCACCGCCCUGCUCCCAGAGGUUAUUAUUUGCACAAAGGAGGUCUCUGUUGGGGCUCGGAAGAAUGCGUACACACUGCUGGUGGAGAUUGGCAAGGCCUUUAUUCGCUUCUCCGACACUGCCAAAGAAGCCAUUGAGCAGUACCUGGGCCAGAUGUAUGCUGGGUUUGCGGGCUCUGUAACCAUGAUCUCCUGUACAGUCUUGGCGCUGACCCGACUGGUUUUUGAAUUCAAAGAUGUGAUGGAGGUGUCUGUGAUGGGUGAUCUUCUCCACAAUGUGUGCCUCCUCCUGACAGCCAGGACACGUGAGAUUGUGAAGGCGGCACUAGGUUUCAUUAAGGUCAUCAUCUUUGUCAUGGAUGUCAAAAUCCUGUCCACCCAUGUGAAUAUCAUGAUGGAAGGAAUUGGGAGCCUCAAAGAUGACAUGAGGAGACAUUUCAGGACAAAAUUGAAGAACAUUUUCACCAAGUUCAUUCGCAAGUUUGGGUAUGAACUGGUCAAGAGCAUGCUGCCAGAGGAGCACCACAAGGUGCUGGCUAACAUUCGCAAAGUAGAGGCCCGCAGUAAGAGACGUAAACUUCUCCAGAAGACAGAAGAGAGUUCUGAUGAUGACAUCCCUAAAGUCAAGGGGGAGAGCAUUCAGGAAAUCCUAGCAGAGUCAGACUCCGAGGACUCGGAAGAUGAGAAGAAUGGAAAAGGCCAGAAGGCCAUCCGACAGAAGGGCCAGGCCUGGCUGAAAGAGGGAGCAGCUGACGAGCCCCUCAACUUCCUAGACCCCAAAGUCUCCCAGAGGGUGUUAGCUACAAAUCCAGAUUUCAAAAAAACCACUAAGGUUGAGCAUGGAUUCAAGGUGACAUCAGAUGGACGUUUAAUCAUCCAGGAAGAGGGAGAUGAAGAUGAAAAUAAAAAGGGGGACGAUGACGAAAUGAAUGAUAUUCUGGAGGAAGCUGGAGUCAAGAGUAAAAAGGCCCAGAAGAGAAAGUUCCUAAGUAGUGACUAUGAUGAGGAUAUGGAUGUAGAACCUCAGAUGAAAUAUAAAGCUGGGGGCUCAGGGAUUCACAGACCCCUACCUGGAAAAGCAGAGAUUGGCAAAGACUAUAAAGCCAAGAAAGCUAAAGGUGACAUCAAAAAGAAGGGCAAGUGUGAUCCCUAUGCAUACAUCCCCCUUAAGAAGGCUCAGCUCAAUCGCAGGAAAAGGGCCAAGUUGCAGGGUCAAUUCAAAGGCAUGGUGCGGGGAGCCCAGAAAGGAGCACGUGCUGGGAGAAGCCAGCGGAGGAAGAAGAAAGUCUGACUUUCUAUCAAAUGCAUCAGUCUGUGCCUGUGUGUUUUUGUGUGCUCCAAGUUUUGAGCUGGGGAACUCCAGGUAUUGCCUCCAAUAGUAUGGCUGGAACACGUUGCUUGCCAGUGUUCUAGGACGAGUGGAGUGUGCCCCCCUGGCAUGAGCCACCUGUCAAACAAGUCCCCCUUAUCAGCUGCAGCCCAUGAGGGGGAUGCUGACCCUAGGAGAUUCACAAUUUCCUUUAGAAAGGGUACAGUUUUGCUAAAUGUAACCAGAGGACUGCUUAGUAAGAAAAAAAAGAAAAAAAAAACAGUUUAUGAAUUCUGUGUUCACCUUAAAUUGCUAUUUAUGUAUUCUGUAACAGAAUUCAGAGAAGUAAAUCUUGAUGAAAUUGUGAGUUGGUUUGAUUUGUUAUUGUGGUCUGUUGGUUACUUCCUGCAAAGAAUCUCAGUGGGGACAUUUGUCUU